AUGUCGUCUCUCGCAGCGUUUGAUCUAUUCAAUGUAAAAGGCCGCGUGGCAGUGGUGACAGGCGGGAGUAGUGGAAUAGGACUUAUGAUCUCUAAGGGACUUAUCCAGAAUGGUGCAAAAGUCUACCUCGCUGCAUUGUCAAGUGACCCUAUCGAUGAUGUCGUUAGUGAGCUAAAUCGUCUGGGGCGAGAUAGCGGGGGAAGUGCGGAAGGUUUUGUCUGUGAUGUUUCAUCCAAAAAGUCAAUAUCUCAAUUUGCUCAGAAGGUCUCCCAAAAAGAACAGUACUUGGAUAUAUUGAUCUCAAAUGCGGGCAUUCGUCGUGACCCUCCCCAGGCGUGCAAUGUCCUGACUGCAACACUGGAGGAGCUUCAAAAUUCAAUGUGGUCUAUUGAGGAAAAAGACUGGGAAGACACUUUUCGAGUGAACUCAACAGCGCAUUACUUCCUUAGUGUUGCCUUCCUUCCUCUUCUGGUCGCAGCAGCCGAGAAACAGACGAGCAGCGGAGGAAAAGGUCGCGAUGAAGGGAGAGGUGUGAUUGUGAUUACCAGCUCUUGUGCCAGUAUGCACAAUGUGACAAAUGUCGAUUUGACUAGCUAUGCCACCAGUAAGGCCGCUACCGACCAUUUGGUCAAGUUGCUGGCAGCCAAGUACAAUCGCUUCUACGUCCGAGUGGUGGGCAUCAACCCAGGAUUCGUUCCGAGUAAUAUGAAUCCGGUUGGUGCGGAAGGAAAUAUCUUCAGUUCGCUGUUUGACAAGGUUCCUGCAAAGCGAGCGGGCGCUUCAGAAGAUAUGGCGGGCACGAUCUUGUAUCUCGUGAGCAAAGCCGGAGCCUACGUGGAUGGUGUCUCGUUAUGUGUAGAUGGCGGCCGGAUUUUGUUAGCAAAUGGACAGGAAUAA